AUGGCGAAGCAGCUCCUCGGUGGCCUUAUAGGGGGAGAGGCAAUUGGCUCUAAUGGGUUAAGGGGUUGGGACGACCUGGGGCUAUCUCCCGUUUCAGUCAAUGGGCUUGCCGCAGUGAUGCCUUUCGAGACGUUCCUCAACAAGUUUUCCGCUUUGGCGCAUGAAGUUGAUUCUGAUGUGGGAGUAAUGAAGAGAGAAGCCAGAAAACGCCUUGGCGCAGGAAGCUUCUCCAUCCUCCCAGACCAACUGAGCCAAAUCGACACUAUCCUGGACCGACUUGUCUGGGGGACCCUGCGUGCACCCCCCACCCCCUUGCCUGAGCAACCCACCAUUGAGCCCCAGCAGCCUACGCCUGGGCCUGCACAGCCUACUCCCGAGCCUGAGCAGCCCACUGCAGAGCCCGAGCGGCCCAUGUCCCAGCCUGAGCAGCCCGCUGUCGUGCCUGAGCAGCCUACCCCUGGGGCUGAGCAGCCCUUCCCUGGCCCUGAGCAGCCCUCCGCUGAGCCUGAGCAGCCUGCCCCUGAGCUUGAGGAGAAAGCACCAGUGGGGCAGGGGCCUGAAGACAACCUGCACCAGCAGGAUCAGCAGAACGAUGACAGCAGCGCCUCCAUAGAGAAUUUGCUGGGCACCCUGCUCAACGACGAUCUCGAAGAAGGCGACUCUGAGGAGGAGAUGAACGCGGCGCUGCAGCGGGUUGAGCUCUUGGCGGAUGCUGUCACCGUGCUGCUGAAGGAGUACGAAAAAGCCGUGGAGCACCUACAGGACCUUCUAGACGACCAAUUAGACGCUGCGGAAGAGAUUCGAGAGGAGCUUGAGGAGCAAGUCGAGGAAUUUAAGAAUCAGGUGAAAGGCGAGCAGAGGCCAAAGAAGCAGGAAGCAGCAGCUGCCGCAGCAGAGGUGGCGAGGGCUUAUGACGAGGCCAUGCAGGGUUUCAAGACCUCCCUAGAGGCCCUCCUAGAGCAGCCACCGACAGACCAGCCCGCUUCUCCAGCAGUGCAGGAGGACCUCGCAGCUUUGGCUGCCAGAAUUCAAGCUGCUGCUGAGGAAAAGCUGCCAUCCCUUGUCUCCGCUCACUGA